AUAUGAUAUAAUUUUUUUUCUAUCAGAUAUAGAUAAUGGAGAAGUAAGAUUUGUACAAGAAGAAGGAACAGACAAUGAAUAUAGAAGUGUGUGGUCGUAUUCGCCCCAGUCUAAGGGCUGAGGGUGCAGAGAACCUUGUGAUAGAAGGGCAGAGGCUAGCUGCUCAUCCCAGAGGACCAUAUCUCAAUUUUAAAGCUUUACAUCGGCAAGAUGCGUCCAAUCUGGAUUUGUUCCGAAGUUCUGUUGAUGAACUUUUGGAUUUUUUCCUGGCUGGAUUUAAUGUUUGCCUGAUGGUGAUGGGUGAAAGUGGGUCAGGAAAGACAUACACACUGGCUGGCGAGGGAACAUCUAGAGCUGGGAUUGUACCAAUGAUUUUUGAUACACUUUUUACAAGACUUCAAGGAGAACGUUACAUGGCAGAUAGUCGUCGUGUGAAACGUGACAAUCCUAUUGUAUCUCUUGAGAUGUUUGAGGUUUAUAAUGAGCUAAUUAAGGAUCUACAACAGGUGCCUGGCAGCAGCAGUUCUUACCUUGAACUUGGAGAAACUGCAGAAAAAGGAACAUAUGUCAAGAAUGCAGCUAGUGUGUCUGUAAGGGAUGCGGGAGAAGGGUCGGCAAAGUUUCGUGAGGGUAUGUCACGCCGCACUGAGCAGUCUACUGACUAUGGCCCUGCCAUGCAUAAUGCUUCAACUGUCAUUCACAUUGAUCUGCAGAUGAAAGCAAAAUUCCUUUCUCCACUGUUGGUAGGUGAGAACCCAAGCCCAAAUAAAUCCCGCUGCACAAUAUUAGAGCUACCAGGCUUAGAGAAACUCUCAGACGACCCAAACCAACUUCGACAAAGAGAGGGACCAGCCCUUAGUAAAGCCCUUAUUGCCCUGAACCAGGUGAUCACAUCUCUCUCCAGCAACCCGUUUCCUGACAGAGUCAUUAAUUACAGUGACUCGAAGCUAACGAGACUUCUCAGGAACGAACUUGGAGGCAACUGUAAAUCUCGUGCCAUCUUGUGCCUGAAGCCAUCAACUAAUUCAGAUAUCCUUACUGCUAUACUCAACUUCACAACACGUGUCACACAAGUGAAAAACUUCCCUAUUGUUAAUGAUAGUUACGCUCAGAAUUUGCUGACACAGUACCAGGCUCGGAUCAUCGACCUCCAGCAGCAGGCAGGAGUUGGUCCCGCUCCCCUAGCUGCCAGGAUGACAAACGCCGGCGACGUCAAGGAGACUAUACGUAGUCUGGAAACAGAAAAUUUACGUCUGAAGGAUGAAAACGAACGUUUACGAGUGCGUAUGGAAAGUAUGCAGAACAAGUUUGGUUCCUUGGCUCACACCAAGACAGAUCUGUCAAAUGAAAUACUGCUCACAGAAGAGGAAAAACUUAAGCUGUCACAAUCGUUGGUUGAGAUGAACAUAGAAAACAACAAGAUAUUGGAGGAGGCUGAAGCUACCAAGUUUGAACUGACCAAUAAGAUCAUAAUGCUAGAGAGUGAACUACUUGAAGCACAACAGGAGAGAGACAGAGCUGUACGUCAAGCCAGACAUAGCAAGGAACGCCUUGCUGAAAUGGAGAAAGACCGUAAGGAUCUUGCUGAUGAGUAUGUUGUCCUGAAGACAAACUAUCUCGCUCUUGUCAGGGAACAUGAAAAAGAGACUGACAGGAAUGAAGAGAUGAGUGUCGAGUUGUUAAACCUUGUCAACACAAAGGCGGCAUUGAUGAAACAGUUGGCCAUACUCAACAACGGUGAUGGUUACAAUACGGGUGAGGCAGACAGGGAGGUAGACAGGGUGAAGGCCAUUGUUAUACAGAAAUCCUCGGGUAAAGUGAAGGCAGAUCAAAUCCUGGGUUCCCAGAGGGAAAGGGAUUCUAUUGAACAAUCUUUAUUUGCCAACAAGAAAAGAUAUGAAAGUGAGUUGGAACGGCUGCGUCGGGAACACGGAGAUGAACAUGGGAAAAUGUCACAGCAUGUGACUGACCUGCAGAGAGAAUUACAAGAUGCUAGAAACCUGGCCAGAGAGAGACAACAGAAGAUAUCAGAAAUUAAUGCUGCCCUGAUCAUGGCUCGUAGUGACAAGGAGCAGCUGGAAGUACAGGUGAAUCGACUGCAGCAUAAAUGUAAAGAUCUUGGAGAGGAUUUCAGAAUGAGGCUGAUCAAAUAUGUGGAGGAUAUCUCUGAUUAUAUGGACGGUGGUGGUGGUGUUCCUGAUGCUAAACGUGAGAAGAAAAUGAAGGUCUACGUAGAUAACAUGCUUAAAGAUAUAACAAUGUCUCACAAAGAUCGGGAAGAUCAGCUUAGCCAUGCUGCACAGCAGUACCGGGAACAGAAGAGAAAGUUUGCUCAUAAAUAUGAGGAAUUACUUGUGGCUUACAGAAAUUUGCGUCUGACAUGUGAACAGAGGGGAAUAGAUCCAAUAGACCUUGGUCCAGAUGAGCACAAACUAAGUAUGUCAGAUUCUGAUAUAACAACAAACCACCUCAAGGAAAUAAACAGACUGAAAUCAGAGAGAGAUGAAAUACGGGAUCAGCUUAACUCUAUGAAAAAUAAGUAUGGUCUGACAGAAGACUUUAAAGAGAUAAGUUUAAGACCUGGGGAGAAGCCAGCCGAGACCUGGGCUCAGUUAAGGAAGCAGUUACGGGAGUUUACAUUGAACACUCAACGUCAGCUAGAAGACGAGCGUACAAAACUGCUCAGUGAAAAUGAGGUGCUAAAGGAACAACUUAAAGAAAGCCAGGAUUAUAUAGACAGCCAUCUUGCAAAGUAUAAGCAGGAAAUAAUAAAGUUGAGGAAAAUGCUGGGAUACGAUGAAGACGGAAUGGUCAUUACGGACAGAAGUGGAAAGUCAAGGUCACGAAGAUACUGAGGUCAAGGUCAUUCUGACAUUAUAGUUUUUGUCCUUGAUAAUAGAGACUGUGAUAAAACAGAAAUGAUAGCAGUUCUUGACAAAACAAUGUCUUCCUUAUUACUCUGCACUGACACAAAUAUGCAAUAAACAUUUGUUAUACUUAGAUGAGCUUUCACAGAGUCACAGUAGAAGAGAUGAAGGAUAUUCCAGGUUAAACAUUAUUCAUUGCACCUCAUCAUCGUAUUUCAUUACAUGUUUUUCAGUGAAUUAUUUUUGUGUGAUAGAGAAAUGUAUCUGGUUAGUUUAUAGAUGUUUACUGGUAACGUGGACCAAGAGGGUAAAAUUUGGUUAAAACUGAUAAAAAAAUUUGUUUGUUUAGUGUGCAAGAUCAAAAUAUCUUUACACCAUAUCGUACAUUUUCACUUGUGACUACAACACUCCUGAAAGUAUUGCAUCUGAUUUUCUUUUGGUGAUAAAUACUUCCGUCUUUCACUGAAACAAUCAAAUAUUCCUUAAAUAUUUCUUUAUAGUCUGUGUUCAUUGUUCUAUACCUUUUUACAGACAGUAAGUUUAAUGCAUAUUCAAAGUUUAUUUUUGAUAUGUAAUGGAAAGAAAUAUUUACUUAAAGGAUGUUUCACCUUCUUUCAUUCCUGUUGUUAACUUAAGUAUUGCCUUUUUUGGUGCUGGAAUCUUUCCACUAGGCCAUAACAUAAACGUGCUUAAAACUUUGAAUCAUUUACUUCAAAUAUAUAUAAAGUUAUUUCCUUUUGUUACAGAACAGUUCCAAAUGUUACUGAGAAGUCUGAUAUAAUAUAUAAACAAAUAUUUCAUGAAGAGUGUUAAACAGUUCUAAAUACUUGCUCCCUAAUGGUUUGAAUAUUGGAUAAUUUGAAUUUUCCGUAAGAGUGUAAGAGAACUUCAGCCUUGUAGCCAAUAGAUUACUAGGUUAAGCUAACAGUGUUGUUAACCAUGUUCAGGAAUCUGGAGACCAGUCUGCAAGCUGCCAUCUGAUUGGUUGUUUCUGAGCACGUUUAAAAUUGACCAAUGGUGUGACUGGUCUCCUAACUCAGAUUUAUAACCUCAGGUGCAGGUGCUGUAUUUUGUCCUGAAUAUGAAAUUUAGAAUUCAACUUUUGACAGCCAAAUAUUUAGUUUGCAAAAUUCAUUCAUAGCCAUACAUGUACUGUAAACAGCUGAAAUUUAGCACAUGCUUACGAGCUUUAUUCUUGCAGAGUUCCAUUAAAAUCAGCUCAUGUUUUACUUACAUAUAACAUUGGUUGUAUUCUUUGCCGUCACUGCAGCCAUAAAAGCAUGUUUGCAUGGUAGUCUAUGUUACACUGUCCGUCCAUAUGCUUCUAGUGCAAUUACAUUUAUAUAUAUUUAUGUGCUUAAUGUGCACUAUUAGAUUUGCAAAAUAAAUGUUACAAGAAUA